CACAUAGUUAUAUGUAUUCGAAGUUUUGUACUUUUUUGUAUAUAAUCUAUACUAAUGAAGCUGAAGAUAAAGCUGAAGAGUUUCUCUGUUUGUUUGGACGCACUUCAGGAACUACUGGUCCGAUUUGAAAAAUUCUUUCAGUGUUAGAUAGCCCAUUUGUUGUUGUUUUUGUUUUUUUAGAUACAUUAGGAACAUUAGGACGAGUUUAAAGGGCCAUAACCAUUGGCAGUCAAGGGUAGGUUUAAUAUAACACUCUCACUAUAAGAGACUCUCUUCUAGCACAGACUAAAUAAAAUCAAUCAUUUGGCGUAUAGAAAAACAAUAGACAAUGGCGCGGCAAACGUACAGUACGUGCUGGAAUUACUUCAAGAAGGACUCACAUAACCAAGAACGGGCUAUUUGCAUUCUGUGCACAAAGAGUUUCUCCCGCAAAGGAGGCGGGACUACCUGCCUGAAGAGUCACUUGCGCUCGAAACAUCCGGACGAAUAUUCGAUUAUGUGCAAGAAGGAAACCAAGCCGAAAAUAUCGGAUUCUGAACUCAAGAACGCAGCGUCCGACCAGUCGGAUUCCGAACAGUCCACCACACUGGAUCCCGAGAAUGAGUUGUGGGGUUUCUUCGACAAGGAGCCCCAGAACAGGGCGCGGUGCUCCAUGUGCGGAGUGGUGUUGAAACGGGAAACGGAUACCUUGUACAAGCACUUGAAGGAAAGCCAUUCGAGGAUAUCAGAGAAUCUAGAGUUUCGAGACAAUGAUGAAAAUUACACUGAAGUUAUAUAUCUGGAAGAUCCAGUUGCUAAUGCGGAAUCCACAGAGUCUAAGAAGGGCAAAUUCGAUAGCGUGAAAAUAGAAAACCCUGAAUCGCCCAAGCCAAAGCGUCCCAAGCGCCGAUACAGCUACAAAGAGCCGCUGCGAGUCAGCAACAGUCAUAAUAUACCAACAGAGUAUUUGAAAAAGGACAGGAUCAGCCCGCACGACGAGGAAAUCGAGAAUUUCGGCAGAUACAUCACCGGUUUGCUCAAAGCGGUGCCACAGGGGACGUGUACGAGACUGCAAAUGGAUAUCGUCAAUUUGAUAAUGUCGGCCAAGUUGAAGAGCAUGGAGCCAACGCCGACCAUAACUAUAAAUGGUACUAUUGAAGUGCAGGGUGAUAAAGCAGAUGAGGAUGGUGAACCGGUGGAUGAUAUGCGGGAAAAGGAAGCGGCGGAGGAAGCAAAUCUAGAAUGUACCACGAAUGACAGAAAACUCGAGUCCAAAAAGGAACCGGACAAAAGCAAUUUGCCCAGGAAGCGAAAGAGUUUCACAUACGUCGAAGACAUCAGUAACAUUAAACAGAUGGAUCAAGAAGAAGUGGAAAAUUUCGGAAAAUAUAUAACUUGUUUAUUAAAAAGUGUGUCUAAUAAAGACGUUGGGACAAAGCUGCAGAUGGAUAUAGUUAGUUUGAUAAUGUCGGCCAGGUUAAAAAUAAUGGAGAAAUCUUCAGUUUUAACAAUAAGUGGGACUAUUGCGAUGAGCAAAGAUAUCGAUUCAGUGGCGGGAAGUGUUUCUUAAGACCUAAUAAAUGCUUCGUGUUA